GUCUAACUCUCCGUUUUGCCUGCGGUAUCUCCGCUCAUCUAUUUCUUGUCUUGUCCUAUUUUCUCCUGUGAAAGGCCUCCUUCUCGGCAACAAUCCCUUGAAGAGACAAAGACGUUGACAUAGACAUAGAUAUAGAACAUGUUACAAAGAUCAACAUGCCGUUUGCUUGUGGCGAACAACUCGAAAAAGUUGUUAGGGUUCACGAAGGCAAACAUUCAGCCCCUAUCCACAUUCACCAACCGCUCUCCGUUGUUGCAUGGUGGCGCUUCGGCUAAGCAUGCACACAGUAGCGUGCCAGGACAGGGCAGAAAUCUUUUCACUUCCCCCGGAACAGGUUUCAGCGUGUGCAGGUCAUUUCACACCUCAACGCCGAAAUUUGUUGAGCUGCGUAUGAACAAGGACCAGCAGGAGGAACCAGCGUUGAAGAAAUAUGCCACCGAUUUGACCGAAAUGGCAAAAGACGGGAAAUUAGACCCUGUCAUUGGCAGAGAUGAGGAAAUCAAAAGAACAAUCCAGAUAUUGUCAAGACGUACCAAAAACAACCCAGUUCUAAUAGGUAACGCCGGUACAGGUAAGACCGCGAUCUUGGAAGGUUUGGCGCAAAGAAUCAUCAAGGGAGAGGUUCCUGAAAGUAUGAAGGACAAGAAAGUCAUUGCAUUGGACCUCGGUAGUUUGAUCUCAGGCGCCAAGUAUAGAGGUGAGUUUGAAGAGAGAUUGAAGGCGGUCUUGAGCGAGUUGAAUGAGACGACGAUUUUGUUCAUCGAUGAGUUGCACAUCUUGUUAGGCUUGGGUAAGUCUGAGGGCUCGAUUGACGCAUCGAACCUGUUAAAGCCUGCCUUGGCAAGAGGCCAGCUACAAUGCUGUGGUGCCACCACCAUCGACGAAUACAAGAAGUACAUUGAGAAAGAUGUCGCUCUAGCUAGAAGAUUUCAGCCAAUUUUGGUGAACGAGCCAACGGUGGAGGAUGCCAUCUCGAUCUUGAGAGGUUUGAAGGAAAAAUACGAGGUCCAUCACGGUGUCAGAAUCACCGACUCGGCCUUAGUGACGGCUGCAGUCUAUUCCAACAGAUACAUCACGGACAGAUUUCUACCAGAUAAGGCGAUUGAUUUGGUGGAUGAAGCCUGUUCGGCAUUGAGAUUACAGCAUGAGUCUAAGCCAGAUGCGAUCCAAGAGUUAGACAGGUCAAUCAUGACGAUCCAAAUCGAAUUGGAGAGUUUGAGAAAAGAAACCGACGAAAUCUCCGGGCAGCGUAGAAAGAAGCUCGAGGAAACCUUGAAGAUCAAGCAAGACGAGUUGGAAAGAUUGACCAAGAUAUGGGAAGACCAAAAGAAGGAGUUGGACAGAAUCAAGCAAUUGAAGUUGGAAAUCGAACAGUCCAAGAACAACUUGGAGGUCAUGAGACGUGAAAACAAUUUUGGUGAGGCCUCCAAAUUGCAAUAUGAUACCAUUCCUUCCUUGGAGAACAAGUUGAAUGAUCUGAUCAAGAACCAAGAAGAAAACGCGCAAAACGAUGACGAUCCAGUGGCAAACAAGUCCAUGCUACACGAAUCCGUCAGCUCGGACGAUAUCGCUAGAGUUAUUUCCAAAGCAACCGGCAUCCCUGUCCAGAACAUGAUGCGUGGUGAGAAAGACAAGUUGUUGUACAUGGAACAGGCCUUGAAAGGUAGAGUUGUUGGCCAAGAUGAUGCUAUUGAAUCCAUCUCGAAUGCAAUCAGAUUACAGAGAGCAGGUUUGACCGACGAAAAAAGACCUAUUGCCUCGUUCAUGUUCUUGGGUCCAACCGGUACCGGUAAGACUGAAUUGACCAAAGCCGUUGCUGAUUUCUUGUUUGACAACGAAAACUCGAUCAUCAGAUUCGAUAUGUCUGAGUUCCAGGAGAAGCAUUCCAUCAUGAGACUGAUCGGUGCUCCACCAUCAUAUGUCGGAUAUGAAGAAGGUGGUGAGUUGACCGAACAGGUGAGAAGAAAACCAUACUCUGUUGUGUUGUUCGACGAGUUCGAAAAGGCACACAAGGAUGUGUCCAAAUUGUUGUUACAGGUUUUAGACGAAGGUAAGUUGACCGAUUCUCAAGGUAACAAGAUUGAUUUCAGAAAUACGUUGAUCAUCAUGACUUCCAACAUCGGUCAAGAUUUGAUGUUGCAGGACAAGCCUAACAAGACUGAAGUCCUGGACGUGAUGAAGUCCUACUAUUCGCCAGAGUUCAUCAACAGAAUUGACGAGGUGGUUGUGUUCAACAAAUUGUCGAAAGAGGCUUUGAGAAACAUCGUCGAUUUGAGAAUCGACGAGUUGCAGGACAGAUUGGUGGACCGCCGUAUAGAGUUAAGCUUGACCGACGAGGCCAAGGACUGGUUGACGAAGAACGGUUAUGAGCCAAGAUACGGUGCCAGACCUUUGAACAGAUUGAUCAAGAGAAAGAUUCUAAACCCUAUGAGUAGAAUGAUGUUGAAGGGUGACGUCAAGAUGGGCGACAAGGUAGACAUCACCGUCGAUCAAUCCAACGACGACUUGCUGAUCAAUGCAAUCCAUGUAGAUAGCAAUGCUGCUCCUGCUCCUGCUCCCCCUGUUAGUCCCACAGACCAACAGUGAGGCAACAGUCCACCUGCUUUAGGCCCUUUUUGUGUAUAGUUUUUACGGUAUAAUUUACGAUUUGAAUGGAAAAGAAAGUUUCAAUUUUGGAUCGGGAAAUGUGUCAGUUAUUUUGUAUGUAUCG